GUCUGCAGACCCUCGUCUUCGGAUUCGUUAAGACAGGCGAUGUUCUGUAUCAGCCAGCUGGAUACCUGGCCGUGGAGAAAGUCCUGACGGACAACAGCAUAUCCCUGCGCAUGAACAGUUUGGCUUUUACCGAAGACACCAUGCGCUCCUUCCUGGCAGGCUUGUCACAGUUGUCUUCGAACGAAGCUGCGGAUCUGUUGGCCGAGAUGCUCCCGAUUCUUGGGCCGGAAGCCGUGCAAGAAUUCCAGUUGCCUGGGCUGGAAGCAUCAGAAUCCGAAGCAGAAGACGAAGAUGGGGCGGCUGAAGACGACCGCGCCAUGCAUGGAGAACACAAGGAGCUUCCAGCAGUCAAGGCCGAGAUCCCGGACUCAUUCACCGAGGCAUUGGAGGCAUCGUUCGAUGCGUCGCUCGCGGCUGCUGAUGAGCUGGCUAAGAACGGUCAGCCACCAUCCACGUUGGCAUCGGCUGCUGAUGGU